GCAUUUGCAGUGACCUAGAUAAGAUUGGAGACUAUUAUUCUAAGUGAAGUAACUCAGAAAUGGAAAACCAAACAUCGUAUGUUCUCACUGAUAUGUGGGAGCUAAGCUAUGAGGAUGCAAAGGCAGGCAUAAGAAUGAUACAAUGGACUUCGGGGGAUGAGUGGGAGGGGACAAGGGAUAAAAGACUACAAAUAUGCUGCAGAGUAUGCUGCUCAGGUGAUGGGUGCACCAGGAUCUCACAAAUCACCACUAAAAAACUUAAUCAUGUAACUAAAUGAGACCUGCUCCCCAGUAGCUUAUGGAAAAAUAAAAAAUUAAAAUUAAUAAAUUAGAUAUGUCCCAGGAACUUACUAGACAGAUAAAAAAGUAUUUAGAGAGAUAAAAACCUGCAUCCUGGGUUGUCUGAUUCCAGGGCCAGUUUCUCAAACUCAGUACUACCUGUUUUCCCUGUCUUAGUAGUAGGCUGUAGGAGAUAACAUUAGGAAUACAUUAAUUCCUGGCCUGGUAAUGCUGAGAAUCUCAUAGGAAAUACAUGUGUAGCAAAUUGUGAGACCCCAACAAUGGAAGUACAGUAUCAGAGAAUGCAUCUGCACUUUUAAAAGAGCAGAUUAGGGAAUACUGUCUUUGCUUGUUCUGGGGUUGUGGCAGUCAGGGGCAUCAGACAGUCUUCAGAGGGGAGAUAACAGUUGAGCUGGGUCUUGAAGAAGAAAGAGGAGUUUUUCUGGCUCUAAGGUGGUGGAGAGCAUGACUUCAGGCAGAGAAACAGCAUCCUCAAAUACAUAGUGUCAUGAAAUUGGUGAUGGGUAAGAUGACCACAAGAUUCUAACCAUGGUGGACGAGUGAAUAGGAAAAUGAUCAAGUACAAGAAAGUGAGGGAAGAGCAAGAUUAUAGAGUUUGGAGCCUAUUGAAGUGUGUGGGUAUUCCAGGUGAAAAUGUCCAAUUAACAGUGAAAUAUUACAUAAUACAGAUUUGGAGCUUUUAUCAGAGGUGGUAAGUGAGGUACAGAUCUUGUAGUCAUUGGUGAGUGAUAGAUGGUUAAACUGGUGAAGGUGGCUGAGAUCACCCCGGGUGACAUUUAAUUCAAGAGGAGCAGAUAAUGAAGCAUAAACCCUUGGAGCCCCAAACUUUAGCUAGCAAUCCUGUGGUACAACUAAUGCUACCGUUUAUAUGGGUUAAAUGGGUUGUUGGAUUUGGCUCAGGACCCUAGCCACCAUUUAGAAAAGUUUCUAUGUAAAAGGGCAGAGUAAGUUCAAGAAACUUACAAUUUAAUUUGGGGCCACAAACUGUUUGAAGUUGGAGCUUGGGUGUACUUCUUUUUACAUUUCCUAAAUAAUACCUUUUUACUCUAUGGCUCAGUGUAUUGGAACUUGGAAAGCAAUUCCUAGCGUAGCCUGCCUACACAUUUUGCAUUUUUAUUGCAUUUGAACAUGUCUUCUGCUGUACUUGGUAAUUCAGGCCUCCUUGGUUCAUUCGUAAUUCAAGUACGAUAACAUACAACUUGUACAAUUAAACAAACUAGGAGUGACUGUCAUGUGCCUGGCACUGUUGAACUGCUGUUUCUUCCCUUCUGCCACUGUGAUUAGUACCAUAAGGAUCUGUGAGUGUGUUGAGUUUUUAACUCAAGCAGGGCCUUUUCAGAGAAUAAUAUUGGUGUUAAAGGGGCAUUGUUUGCAGUGUUAGGAAUACUGAUGUGGUGAGGCUCUCAAAACCUCUUUCUUGGAUCUCUAUGUGAUAUUACAGUAGUCUCCCUUUAUCCAAGGUUUCGCUUUCUGCAGUUUCUGAUGAAAUCUCACACCACCCCAUUCUGUCCACUCAGGAUGUGACUCCUCCCUUUGUUCAGCAUAUCUGUGCAGUACCUGCUCCUCAGUCACUCAGUAGCCACCUCAGUUGUCAGAGUGCCUGUCAAGGCAUUGCAGUGAUUGUGUACAAUUAAUCUUUAUUUUGCUUAUAAUGGCCCCAAAGCUGCAAAAGUAGCAAUGCUGGCAAUUAGCAUAUGCCAGCUAGAAGCCAUAAAGUACUUCCUUUAUGUGAAAAGGUAAAAGUUCUUGAUUUAAUAAGGAAGGGGGGAGGGGAAUCAUAAGCUGAGGCCUCUAAGAUCUGUAAUAAGAGCAAAUUCUCUAUCCAUGAAAUUGUGAAGAGGGAAAAAGAAAUUCAUGUGUAGCCUGUAUAGGGUUUGGUACUAUCCACGGUUUUGGGCAUCCACUGGGAAUCUUGGAAUGUGUACCCCAUGAAUAAGGGGGGACUAUAUUCGGUAAUUAUUGGUCUCAUUUUUAUUAAAAUAUGUGCAAAGUGGUUUAUUGUUUUUCUUUCUUUGUUUCAAGUACAUUUGAGAGAGUAAAACAAUAAACCCUCUGCUCUUUGCUAUGUUUACUAUGUGGGACUGUUAUUAGAGAUGUAGGAAUAUACUUACUGUUUGGCACAGACUGACUAUUCAGUGUCCUUGGUUUUAUUUGUAAUGUACAAAAGAGGCUGGUUCACUGUAAGGGCUGCUUGUGUCUUCCCGUAACCCCUUAGGAAGAGCAACAGUGAUUUACAGGACCCGUAACACCUCUGAGGAAAGAACUUCUUUUAAUAACUCAGUCUUUUGGGCAAGUCACCUGAGGUCAGGAGUUUGAAACCAGCCUGACCAACAUGGAGAAACCCUGUCUCUACUAAAAAUACAAAAAAUUAGCCGGGUGUGGUGGCACAUGGCUGUAAUCCCAGCCACCUGGGAGGCUGAGGUAGGAGAAUUCUUGAACCCAGGAGAUGGAGGUUGUAUUGAGCUGAGAUUGUGCCACUGCACUCCAGCCUGGGCAACAAGAGCGAAACUCUGUCUCAGUAAAAAAAAAAAAAAAAAAAAAAAAAACCACAGCCUUCCUGUGGGGUAAGUGAGGGGAUAUUCUUAUUUCAUUAAAGACCAUGGUUUUAGAAGUUCAGGGUAAGUUGGGGACAGUGGUAUGGGGCUGAGAGGAGGGCUAGGCAGGGCUCAGAAGGCCCAGGCCUGGCUGAGUGGAGAACUGAAUGCCUGGAGAAGAGGAAGAGGAAGUGAUUCCAGACCUCAACCCUACCUUUGGAUUUUCUCAGGAUGGCCUCCUCCUUCAGAGCACACCAGUGCAACUUGUAACUGCCAGCAGUAGCAUUUAUUUGCCCAAGCCUUUCUUUUGCCUCUGGAGCCCAUUUUGGCUGUCCACUUCGCAGGCAAGAAGUUCAGGAGCAUCCUGGGAGAAGGAGCACACUCCUAGGGGAAGCCUUCAUCCAGUGACUAACAGGAGGUGGAGUAUGGAUAUCACAGCUCUGUCACCCCUUGGCUUGAGUAGCUGAUGUGUACGCCUUACACUGGCUUGACAGCACUGUUUUUUGGUUGCUUUCCCUUUCUUGUCACAUAUCUUCACUUCCCUAUUGGUGUUUGCUUUCAUCUCCCAAAUGAGCCCUCUCACUAGAGUCUUCGUCUCAGGAGAUGCUUUUGGGGAAAGCUAAGAACUACAAUGCCUCACCUUUUCUUUCAGAAAGGAUGUUUCAGGCUUCUGGCAUAAAUGCCCUCACACUUACAAGGUGGGCAUUAUGAGCAGGGAAUCAAAGUGAAGACGUUAGUUAGGUGGCCCAAAUUACAAAUAUGCCGGCUAGCAAGCACCUGCUGGGGUACUUGGAGGAGAGUGCUUGGAAGGGCACUGGCUCCCUUUGACUUCUUUCUCUAAGCUUGACGCUGACUAUUCCUUUCCUAUCCAUAUGCUCUUUCUUGACACUGGGCACAGUUUGAAAUUUGAUUGACUAGGAUUCUGUUUCUAAAUAAACAUCAUACUCCAGCCUUGCCUCCCUAAGAUGAUGCCAAGUCAUCUUGAUGGAGCAGCACGUCUACCCAAGCUUUGAGUUACGUGUUUACAGGCAGUCUCUUGGUUUAUUUCCUGGAGCUAAAGAUGUAUUAUUUCAUCAGCCUAGCACCUUGUCCCUUCUAGGAUCUGUCACAUAAUCCCCUAUUUCAGCCACUUAAUCCUGUGAGACCUGCCAGGUCCUUCAGUUUAAUUGAGGGAUAUCGACUGGCCAUCCUUUCCUCCAGACACAGUUGCUUGAAGAGUAAAUGUGAAGUGAAAAACUGGAGACAAGAGUGAUACCUAAGCUUGAGUCAUUGUUUGGGUCCCAGCCCAAGGACACUGCUCCUCAGGGCACAAUGGAAAGAAUCUACAUGGUGUUUCCUGUUGAGGGUCAGGGGUGGUUACAAGUAGUCAAACAGAUAAUUGCAUCUCUUGCACCAGAGGGCAAUGCAGUGAGAGAUGUAUACAGGCGUCUCUGAAAACCUCACAUUUAGGAAAAGAAAACCUCUUAACGAGGGCCAAAGAUGUUAAAUGGCUUGAAGAUUUCACAGCUAGGAAGUGCUGUGAAGCUGGGAUUAGACCCUAAUUCCAGACCCCAUGGUCUUAACCACAGGGUCAGGCAUGUGGGUGGCAGAGGACAAGUGAGUGGGAGAGUUUUCACCGUAGAAGUGAAAACAGGUGAGCAAGGAUAGCAAGGUUUCCUGAAGAAGUAGGUGGGGAAUGAAAAACAGCCUGGGUCAUAAUACCCCUUAAAGAUACAGCUUCAUGGACUUCCAUGGCAGAAAAACUCAGUUACCCAAGUGGGGAGCACAUAGCUAAACUCCUCUUCUUUGCUUCUUUGAUGCUAUCAGAACUGCUUUGAAGAAUUUCCUUGAAAAACAAAGCUCCCCACAUUGCAUUUCUGGGAGCUGUCAAAGAAACAGCCUGUAAUAAGCGCUCCAGCACCUCUGAUAACUGGAUACUCGUGGGACUUCGAGAAUCCUUAAUGUCUCCAAUUUUUUGGUUUGCCUUGUUCCUGGGACCGCCAGGACGCCAGCGAUCCACUUCGACACUGAAACUGUGCCAAGGCUAAGGCUUAGGUAGAAACAAAUGAAUAUAUCCUUGUCACUGACCCGGCUUUAGCAGCAUGCCCCCUCAUCAUCCCAAGUGCCCCAGUGGGCUUCCUCCCACCCGCCUGCCUGCUUCCUUCACAAGAGGCUUAAGCAGACACCACGCGAGUGUGUGCGCGCUGGGCACAGAGCCCUGGAACCCCUGUCGGAAGAGUUUCAGGCGGGAGUGGGAGCGGCUGGGCGUGGGGGCAGCAACGGCGCCACCCAGCACGGUGGGGGGAGUCAGGCUUGUCAGAGCCGGAGCGCGUCACCGUAGCCGACAGAGACGCCGCGCUGCCCAAUAGGCGGAGGCUCUUCCUAGCAGCCUGGUGGGAGCAGAGAUAGAAAAGUGCUCCAACAAGCCCCGAGCUGGCGUGCCGAGCGCGGGCUGGUGGCUGGCGGCGCGGUGCUCCGCGGGUCCGGGUUCCCUGGUCCGCGGGACCGCCCUGCGCGCUCUGCGCCCCGCACCCCGGCUGUGCGCUCGGAGACCGGCGGGCAGGGACGCCCGGCCAGCAGGCUCCCAGGGGUGGGGGGGCUCCUGCAAAAUGGUCUCUCACCUGGUGCUGCUCUGCCUCCUCCCCUUGGGGCGAGCUACCGAGUCCCACGAGGACCGGGACGACGAACAGAGCCUCGAGGCGGCCCUGGCUGUGGCCAACGCCUCGCACUUCUCCUGGAACAACUACACCUUCUCCGACUGGCAGAACUUUGUGGGCAGGAGGCGCUACGGCGCUGAGUCCCAGAACCCCACAGUGAAAGCCCUGCUCAUCGCGGCUUACUCCUUCAUCAUCGUCUUCUCACUCUUUGGCAACGUCCUGGUCUGUCAUGUCAUCUUCAAGAACCAGCGAAUGCAUUCGGCCACCAGCCUCUUCAUCGUCAACCUGGCAGUCGCCGACAUCAUGAUCACGCUGCUCAACACCCCCUUCACUUUGGUUCGCUUUGUGAACAGCACAUGGGUGUUUGGGAAGGGCAUGUGCCACGUCAGCCGCUUUGCCCAGUACUGCUCCUUGCACGUCUCAGCACUGACGCUGACAGCCAUUGCAGUGGACCGCCACCAGGUCAUUAUGCAUCCCUUGAAACCCCGGAUCUCAAUCACAAAGGGUGUCAUCUACAUCGCUGUCAUCUGGACCAUGGCUACGUUCUUUUCACUACCACACGCUAUCUGCCAGAAAUUAUUUACCUUCAAAUACAGCGAGGACAUUGUGCGCUCCCUCUGCCUGCCAGACUUCCCUGAGCCAGCUGACCUCUUCUGGAAGUACCUGGACUUGGCCACCUUCAUCCUACUCUACAUGCUGCCCCUCCUCAUCAUCUCUGUGGCCUACGCUCGUGUGGCCAAGAAACUGUGGCUGUGUAACACAAUUGGCGAUGUGACCACAGAGCAGUACCUUGCCUUGAGGCGCAAAAAGAAGAAGACCAUCAAGAUGUUGAUGCUGGUGGUAGUCCUCUUUGCCCUCUGCUGGUUCCCCCUCAACUGCUACGUCCUCCUCUUGUCCAGCAAGGUCAUCCGCACCAACAAUGCCCUCUACUUUGCCUUCCACUGGUUUGCCAUGAGCAGCACCUGCUACAACCCCUUCAUAUACUGCUGGCUGAACGAGAACUUCAGGAUUGAGCUAAAGGCAUUACUGAACAUGUGCCAAAGACCUCCCAAGCCUCAGGAGGAGAGGCCACCCUCCCCAGUUCCUUCCUUCAGGGUGGCCUGGACAGAGAAGAAUGAUGGCCAGAGGGCUCCCCUCACCAAUAACCUCCUGCCCACCUCCCAACUCCAGUCUGGGAAGACAGAUCUGUCAUCUGUGGAACCCAUUGUGAUGAUGAGUUAGAGGAGGUAGGAAAGAGGCAAUGGGAGGGGUCUAUCUCCAUCUGAGGCAGAGAAAGAGAACCUGUUCUCACACAUGAUCUUGAGAGUGCUGGAAACACACUCCUGCAGAAGCUGUAGGACUCUUCACUUCCUAGGAAACUGUCCAGCCUCCUAGCCCCAUGUGAUGUGAAAACUAAAAGGCACCACCAACUAGACAUGUGUUCAUAAAUUCCCAUCUAAGACAUACUUGGAGGUAUAGCAGCCUGGAUCUCUGAGUAAGUGGACAGAGGACAACUUUGGCCCAGAUAGGAGCUGAAUCAUUCAACUGCCUCCAUCUGUGAGGCAGCUGCUUCCUUACAGCCUUUCCUACUGCUGAGCAUCCCAAAGGGAGACCUGAAUCAUACUUUGGGUAUGGUGACCCAGAUGCACAGAGCUCUGCUUGAAACAGGUGCACAGGCCAGGGAAAUGCCAGCAAGCCAGAGCUGGCAUGGAUAUUUUCAUGCCUUACUUUCUGGAGUUACUGGGCCAUGAAGAAUCACAAGUCUUCAGUGGCCUAGCAAUAUCCAGAGAAGAAAGGACCAACUUGGGUUCCUUAAAACAAAGGGAAAUUAUUAUUGCAACUUAGAAAAAUUCAGAAAAACACACACACACACAAUCACUCUCUUAUCCCAUCAAUUUGUGAUAACAUCUGUGAACAUGCUGUGGCUCUAUCUGCAAUGUUUUCCUUUGUGUGUGUGACUGUGUGCAUGUUUGCAUGAACUUUUUUUUUCAUUUACCCUUUUUCAUUUAGAUUGUAAUGAUUAACAAGAAACAGGGGCACAGCAAAAUAUUUCUGACCACCUUUCCCAGGGGUGUCCACCAGAGGAGUUGAAGAGGUGAGAAAACCCAAGGUGAAGCCUGUCACCAUGCAGGCAGAACUGGCCCUGUCAUAGACAGUGGUAGGAAGGGCCUGGAUCACAUGCUCCUCCUCAGAGCAGCCUCAAGAUGAACCAGGGAAUCAAACUCAACUAGGAGGCAUGAUUCCUUCUCCCCCGCAAUCACGCAAAAACAAAAGGUGGUGAAAAAUUGUUCUGUUUUCACAAGAGAUGAGGGAGCAGGCUUUCCAAUAUGCUGAAAGUAAUUGUGUUUAGACACCUCAUCCUUCCAAGCUGUCUAGACAGGUCGUUUCUCUGUGUUGUCUGAGUAAUGAGGGUUCUUGCUGUCAACAUCAUUUUAGUGGUUCAGGUGUCACUUUCACUUUCAGAAACCUAUGGAAUCCUUAAGAAACCUUCAUACUUAAGGGUCUAACUUGCCAGAGAAAUCUCGUUCCAAGGAAUGAUUGUUUUUUAUCACCUUCCGUCUGGUCCUGAGUGGCUCAGUGCGUCACCAGAAAAUAGACCUGUCAGGCAGAAUCCAGCUUAAUUCAUCUGCUCUAAACAAUUGCUACUGUCAUACUGGUUUAGCCCUGGUUUGCAGGUUUAGCAUUGGUUUAUAGGUUUCCUUCUAGUACCAGAUAAACCCUGAAAGCAAAGCAUGGAUAUGAGCUCAGUAGGAAACAGGUUUGCGGGAGAAAGAGUUUGUCACUUAGACCUCGUGGCUGUUCAUUGAAACUGAACUUGGUCACAUCAUCUGCUUUCAUAUAAUGAACUAUGAGGGUUCAUUAUCCUAGUUAAGACACAAAAUUUUGAAAACUCACUUACUGAAUUAUGGACAAAAACAUGACUCUCAUUGGGCAGAGAGAGUCUUCUAAGCGCACAGGGAUCCCCAGAUGGAUUUUUCAGGACAAAUGGCUCAUGUGUCUGUACUUAUUGUCUCUUUCGUGUCAAGAAGUAGCUAAUGAUUUCAUCUGAAUGUUACCAUAGAAAUCCUGUGAACCAGAAUAAGACAAGGCAGCAGGGAUACAGGUUUGUCCUGCUCUGGGAAGCAUGGAGAAUGUUGCACUUCACUCCUCACUGAGAGUGUCUAGGAAUAUAGAAGCUCCUUGACUUACAUCUCAAUAAACUCAUGGUAAGUCAAAAAUAUUGGAAGUUGAAAAUGCAUUGAAUACACCCAACCUACUAAACAUCGUAGCUUAACCAAGCCUACCUUAAAUGUGCUGAGAACACUUCUAUUAGCCUACAGUUGGGCAAAAUCAUUUAACACAAAGCUUAUCUUAUAAUAAAGUACUGAACAUCUCAUGUAAUUUAUUGAAUACUGUACUGAAAGUGAAAACCACAAUGGUUGUAUGGAUAUGCGAACUAUUGUUUCUACUCAAUGGGUAUUGCUUUCACAUCAUCAUAAAAUUUUUUUAAAUCCUAUGUUGACCCAUAAUUAGGGAACUUUGGUACUGCCAAGUCUCAGAGAAAACCCUUUUCUGGGGGAGCGCCCACUGAUGGCUCAUUAGGUCUGUCCCUUCCCCAAGGUCCCUGUGUGCCUUUGAGCAAAAGUGACUUGUAUUUGUGAAUGUAAAAUUUGUGAAACAUGAGUUUUUCCAAUGUGUUGCAAAGUGUUUUAUCGUAAAUUGCUCAUCUCAAUAAAAUUUAUUUCAGGUGUGUGGACUGUG